AUGGCACAACAGCAUCUGGAGUUGCUAACUGGAUGGUGUGAGCCUAUCCAGAUUUUACUUGUUGUGAUAGUAUUGGCGCGGGCUGGUAUUGCACAACACUCAGCGCAACAUGCGGGUUUUGUAAGCUGCUGUUCAUGGCCCCCUGGAGAGAAGAAGGAAUUAGAGAUGGCAGGCCAGCGUAAUCUAUUGAGGCUCGAAACUAGAGCCUACAAAGGCAGAGGAUUGAGUGACCCGAGCAGCCUUACAAUUUUCUAUUUCAGGAACAGUGAUGCCGGUAGUUCUGAUCCGAUGUUCCUGGGCGAAUUGAAGUCCUGGGCAUACAACAAAGUAGUUAAUGAAGACGUCUUCUCUCAUAACUGA